AUGAAUCUCACGUUUGUCAGUUUAGACGAAUUUCUCAUACCCCUCUGGACAGUAUCUUUAUCCCUCCUCGUUCACCUUAUAUUUUCCCUCCUUUUCUUGGUCCUCGACCUUUUUGGCUCUAACUUUUCGUGUAUAAGUCAGUAUCGAAUGCCUGGAGAAGUGGUUACCUUUCAUCGUUGGAUGAACUGCCUCGGUAGAAUUUUCCGCAGGUACAUCUUUGGCGUUCUACCAUUGAUGAUGCUCCUUCAUCGCGUACGGAAUGUUAGUAUCCCGUAUGAUGCCCCAUCGUUGGCACGUGCGUUGUGGGAAGUUUUCUUGUGCUUACUGAUGUUUGACACAUUGUUCUUCUGGUGGCACUACUGUAUGCACAGAUUUCCAUGGUUGUACAGGCAGGUCCAUCGUGCUCAUCACCUGCACCGAGACACGUUCGCUUUGGCUGCGCAAGAUUUAAGUAUCUCGGAGCUUAUGUCUCUGCAACUCUUGGCUAUUCUGAGUGCUUGGUGGGUGAACUGUCAUCCCCUGAGUGAGAUCCUAUUCCACCUCCUGAACUUAUGGCUAGCCGUGGAGGACCACUGUGGCUACGACUUCCCUUGGGCUCUACACAACAUUUUGCCUUGUUUUGGUGGAGCUCCCUUCCACCAGGCGCACCAUCGAUAUUCCAAGGGUAACUAUGCACCUUAUUUCAAACACUGGGACUGGAUUUGUGGAACCACUACAACAAAGACCAACGCUCACAGAAAGGAGCGUUGA